AUGAUGAAGGCAGCUCGAGAGCGAUUGGGGCUCUCUCUGUCCGUCUCUACAGCGGACCAAACACCGGGCGCCAAAGUACAGCACCAGUGUAAGAUUCAGGCCACGUCUGAGGGAGAAGUCGCCCGCCGAUACAAACUUGGUGGAAUGGUCAUGGAGUCCACAAAUCGCGGGAUGGAGGUUCUUUGGGCAACGCGGCUAGCGGAUGGAAAAGAGUGUGUGGUAAAGACGAGGCAGAAGGGUAUUUCCUUCAAAAGCGCAGCAGAAGAAAGAAAUUGGCGAAGCACCACCGAGGUUCAAAUGAGCAUGCCGAGAAUCGAUAAGUUGUGUCAGAUCUAUGAGGUCCUCGAAACUCCGGAGAGAUAUUGCGUCUUCAUGGAGAAAGUGGAAGGAAAGGACCUCUUCGAGCAAAUGGAGGAAGCAGAGCUGAGCCAUGUCGAUGCGCGGGAAGUAGUGCGACAGACACUGGAAGCUUUGAAGCUGAUGCAUGCCAGUGGACGCAUUCACAAAGACCUCAAGGCAGAAAACGUUAUGGUGGAUCUGCCAAGCCCGGGCUCAGAGAAAGCAAAGGCCAACCAACUCAAUCGGUUGAAAGACGGUGGAGAUGCCCAGAGCCCGGCAAGUGUGAAGCUUAUCGAUUUCGACACGGUGGAGAACUGGGAACCCCACAGCCCCAAAGCAAAAGAUGUUCUUGGCACAGAUGGCUACAUUGCACCAGAAGCAUACUUGGGCACGUACUCGCCAGCUUCAGACAUUUAUUCGCUGGGUGUGGUGAUGUACAAGCUGCUUACCGGAAGAUUCCCGAGCCGGGAAGACAUGUUCGACGACCAACCGGGCGAGAACUGGGUCGGCAGCCCUGCCAUGAAGAGGAUUCAUGAACGAUUGAAGAAAGCGAAGAUCGACUUUUCGCGACCGCCCUUUGAUCGGUGUCCGGAAGCGGCUGAUCUCUGUGCGAGGAUGUUGGCCUUCGAGGUGACAGACCGGCCAUCAGCAGAAGCAGCUCUAAAGCAUGCGUAUUUCAUGCUUGAGGGUGGGAAGCUGGCUAGAAGAAGGUGA